UGGCAAAUUUCAAAUAUGUGGAUAUAAUAUAUGUAAAAAUGGCAUCGAAUAAAUGCAACAAAGUCACUAAUGUCGAAGUUCAAAAUAUGAUGAAUGCGUCAACAUCCGGAGUAAUUCGACUAAAUCCUAAUCGAAAUCCAAAUAUCUCAACUAUUGCAAAAGUUGAUGAUGAAACUGUGGUUUCUUCAGAUUUAUUCGCUUACAAUCCAGCAAAAUAUUCUUUCUGCAGAGAAAAGAGUAUAGUUAAUAUUCUAAAAAUUGGAGAAUCGGGUGCCCUGGAAUUUCUGUCAGAAAUAAGGAGUGGUGUAUAUAGUAUUGCAAUAUGGCCUAAGAGUGCAGACUCCGCUUAUGAGAAGUUAUUGGAUCAAUUAGAUUUGGUGAUCCCGGAAGCUACACAGUGGAAAAAUCGUAGACCAAAUAUAGGAGAUUUUGUAUUUGGUCAAAAGCUGGACGGAGAUUGGGUUAGGGGAUAUGUUAUAUGUGUGCUACCAUUCCUAAAACUGGCUAUGAUCGACGAAGCUAAAUUAGUGCUAGUUAGUAACCUUGCUACAUGCGAAAAACCCAUUUCAGAUAUGUAUGCAUUUAGUGGAGUAUGUGAAUUAACUGAUGCUACAUAUAAAUUUAGGGAAGGUCAAGAUUUUCAAUUUAAAGUAACAGGCCUAACAGAUAACGAGAAACCAGAGGAAUUCAAAAUAUUAAUUCAUAAAGGAAAUUUUGUGAUAAAGGCUACUGUAAGGCCUUGGAUUCCAAUGCAGGAACAAUUGGGAGUACCAUGUGGUGAUGUGACUAAUGGAACUACAGUAUGCAUUACUGGUUAUCGAAAUCAUAUACAUAUGUACGUUCGUCCCUUAGAUACUCUAGGUUUGGCACGAUAUACCUUUAUUAUGGAAACUGUUGCAAAAUGCGCUGAAACAUCUCCAUUUUUGAAAGAACCAUCUAUUGGGCAGUCGGUAUUAGCACUGUCUGCUGACGGCUAUUAUUAUCGUGCAUAUGUUAUUAAGUUAGAAGAAGAUAGAGCGCAUGUUAUGUACCAUGAUCUUGGUCGUAGAGAAUAUGUAGAUAGGAAGAAACUUAAGAUUUUUCCUGAUUAUUUGAAGAAGCUUGGAUAUUGUUUAUCAAAAAUCCGUCUACAAGGUAUUCCUAAAGAUAUCCCACCGUUAAUGCCAAUAAUUAAACUUCUGGACUACCUACUGGAAAAUGAAGUUCCUCUGAUAUGUACAUAUGAUGGUCUACCUGACACAGAAGGUGUAUAUCUGAAAUAUCGUAACGGAGAAAGCGUUAAUAAUAUUAUAUGUAACUGUCUCGAGCCGGGUCGUGUGUAAGCUUCUGAGUAAAUAGAAAAAUGAAUCUCAGAAUUACUUGCUCCCGAUAGCUGUAUUAAAACAAAAAUUAUUGAGCGUGAUCUUGUAUCUGUGUGUCGUAUAUAACGUGUAAGUACCAUUGAUUAAAGUCAAAAUAAUUGAUAAAUGUUUAAUAUCAGAUCGGAGGGAAAAAAAGAAACAAAAAAAAAA